AUGCGUGACCCCCUGACGCUGGAGCUGCUGGUGCAAGGCAUGAUGUGCCAGAAGAACUGCGGCUCGACGGUCGAGAACGCGCUGCGAAGCGUCGAUGGCGUGGCCAGCGCCGUCGUGAGUUUUGCCGACCGCAAAGCCACCGUGACACUGCAACACGCAGGCAGUGGCCCGACCUUGGACGACCUCGUGGACGUGGUGGAGUGUGUGGGCUUUGACGCCAGUGUCUAUGACGCUGCCAAGGCUGCAGCCGUCAAGCUGCAAGCUCAGAAGGACAAGCAGCUGCAAGCGGAGAUGGAGGACGUGGCGCUUGACGUGCCAGACGCGGCUGGCCAUCCACGCGCUGUGUUUCACGUCGAAGGCAUGAGCUGUGCAGCGUGUGUCAAGGCCAUUGAGGACCAUCUGAGCAAGACGGCGGGCGUGUUGUACUGCCGCGUGGGGCUCAUCAGCCAGAAGGCCGAGGUGUCGUUCGACCGUGACCUGAUGGAGGACGGAGAGCGCGUGAUCCAGACGCUCAUCCAGGACGCCGGCUACAACGCCACGUUCUCGCACGUGGUGGAGCCGGGCGACGCGGACUCGCUCGAGCUCCAGUUCGCCGUCACGGGCAUGAGCUCCGCGGCGUGUGUGGACAGGAUCGAGUCGGCUGUGGGCGACCUGCCAGGAGUGACCAAGGUACUGGUCGAUCUGCUUACGAACAAAGCACACGUGCACCUGAAGCAGCUGUCCACGACGGGGCCACGUGACGUGCUGGAGUGCAUCACCAGUCUGGGCUAUGCAGCCGACGUGGCGGUCAAGACGACGGACCAGAACGCGCUGAGCAAGUCGGAAGUGGAAAAGUGGCGCAGGCUGCUGACGACGGCCAUGAUCUUCGCGUUGCCGGCCAUGCUCAUCCACAUGGUGCUCAUGUACAUCCCUGCAGUGGAGAUGGUCCUCAUGACACCCGUGUUCAACGCCGUGUCGAUCAAGAUGCUGCUGUUGUUCGUGCUGGCGACGCCCGUGCAGUUUGGUGUGGGCUGGCGGUUCUACGUCGCAGCGUGGAAGGGUCUGCAGCACGGCGUCAUGGGCAUGGACUUCCUCGUCGUGUCAGGCACGACCAUGUCGUACACUUAUAGCUUCGUGUCACUCAUCGGGUCGACACUGAGCGAGCACUACCACGGCCGCCACUUUUUCGAGUCCUCGACGAUGUUGCUGACAUUUGUGACGCUGGGGAAGUACAUGGAGUCGAUAGCAAAGGGCAAAACAGCUGAUGCAUUAUCGGAACUGGCCAGUUUGCAGCCGAAGAUGGCGUUGCUGAUCAGUGAGGGCAAGCGUGAUCGUGAGAUCCCGAUCGAGCUUGUGCAGCGCGGAGACCUGCUACGCAUUCUUCCUGGUGCGAACAUCCCGACGGAUGGUGUGGUGAAGUUAGGGUCGAGCUCAAUCGAUGAGUCGAUGCUGACUGGAGAGAGUAUGCCGGUGGCUAAGAAGGAGGGUGACUACGUGUUUGGUUCGACGACGAACCAGCAGGGUGGGUUGGUAAUUGAGUCGAGCUGCAUGGGCGGCGAGAGCUCGGCGUUGUCGCAGAUCUGUGCUUUGAUUGAAGAUGCACAGCUUCACAAGGCUCCGAUCCAGGCGUACGCAGACUGGUUGGCAUCGAUUUUUGCCCCGCACCGGCCUGGGAACGACUUGUACGUGGCAAUCCUUUUUGCUAUCUCUGUCGUGGUGAUCGCGUGUCCGUGUGCUUUAGGGCUUGCGACACCCACUGCCGUCAUGGUUGGUUGUGGUAUUGGGGCCAAGCAGGGCGUCUUGAUCAAAGGAGGACGUGCGCAGGAGACUGCGCGCUACAUCGACACGAUUGUGUUCGACAAGACUGGUACGCUGACCGUCGGCCGUCCGUCUGUGCGCGAUGUAGUGGUGGCUGACCGCAAGUACACGCCGCGUGAACUUUUAUACUACAGUGCAUCUCUUGAGUGUGUAAGUGAGCACGUUCUUGGUAAGGCUAUUGUAGUUACAGCAACAGAGCAUGAGAAGCUGGAACUGCACGAUCCGAGCGACGUGCACGUGGUGUGUGGACGUGGAAUUGAAGGCACAGUCGCAGCUAGUGCGGUCACGUCUCGCGACACUCCCGUGAACGUGUUGGUUGGCAGCUCUGAGUAUUGCGAGGAGAAAGGCAUUAAAAUUAACGACAAGAUGCGUGCUCACAUGCACGAGCUGGAGCUGGAGGGCAAGACCGUGGUAGUCGUGUGUGUGGCAAAGAAGCUCGUGGGCUUGAUCGCGUUGGCGGACGCUCCUCGACCUGAAGCAGCCGCUGUCGUGAAGCACCUGAAGUCCAUGGGUCUCGAUGUGUGGCUGAUCACGGGUGACAAUCUCCGCACGGCCAGUGCAAUUGCGCGGCAGAUGGGCAUCAACCACGUCAAGGCGGUAGCUCUGCCCGGUGAGAAAGCGUCCCAGAUCAAGGCAUUGCAGUCGCAAGUGAACCCGAUAACACUGAAGCCGCGUGUCGUGUGCAUGGUUGGUGAUGGCAUCAAUGACGCUCCAGCACUCGCGCAGUCAGACGUCGGUAUGGCAAUUGGUGCCGGUACGCAGAUUGCCAAGGCCGAGGCUGACAUGGUACUGGUGAAGAGUGCGCUCACCGACGUGGUGGUGGCGCUGGAUUUGGCGCGUGUGGUGUUUUCGCGCAUCAAGUUGAACUUCUUCUUCUCGAUCGUGUACAACCUGUUUGGUCUUCCGUUGGCUGCGGGUGUUUUCUUACCGCUGAUCCACCGGAUGAUUCCACCUGCAUGUGCUGGAUUUGCGAUGGCUUUCUCGUCGGUAUCGGUCGUGAUCUCGUCGCUGCUGCUGAGGACGUACCGCGCACCUGUAGUUGGUGCACGUGAAAGGAAAAAGGUCCACUUCCACGACGAUGCAAAGGUGAUUGAGCUGAGAAGCAUGGUGCGUCAAAAGCUUGGUUUGUCACACAAGACGUAUGAGCCCGUGGCAAAUUCCGACAAGGUGAGUUUCGUGUCCGUUAGCAUCGAUGUUGGUUUGAGUCGCGACGGAUUUACUCACUCGCUGUUGUCGACUUCUUCUUUGCAGUGGUAUGAGUAG